AUGAGUAAAUUGUUAUCGCUGCCUAUUCGGUUGUUGCGCCGGCAUGAUUUAUGUUACCAAGUCGAUUCUUCUGUCCUUCGCAAGGGGCGCGUGCCACCGCUUCAUCACAACCAACCGCGUUGCGCCUUCACUGCCACCAAAUUUAACUCAAUAGAGACCAAUGACGACGUUGAGGCCGAUGUCCUCUACGAACCUCUUGAGGGGAUUGAAAGACUUGAAAACUAUCGUUCAGGGGGCUAUCACCCUAUACAGAUCGGAGAUCAAUUCCACAGUCGAUAUCGAGUCGUUCAUAAGCUGGGACAUGGGUCUUAUUCAACUGCGUGGCUGGCCCGCGAUGAACAAUUCAAUAAAUACGUUGCGCUAAAAGUUUGCACAGCAAACUCGAACCCAAAGGAAGUGGACAUUGUAUCCACCAUUCUCACUCCUCCUCAUUAUUCUCCAAUCAACAAACCAGGGAAGACGAUGGUCCCUUCGAUUCUGGAUAGGUUUACCAUUCACGGCCCGAACGGCAAUCAUGCUUGCUACGUUACAGCACCAGCGAGGGCUAGCCUCUCUGGACUGAAAGAUGGUGGGUGGACCCGCUUAUUCCAACCUGGCGUGGCCCGGUCAUUAGCUGCGCAACUUGUUCUCGUCUUGGAUUAUGUGCAUGCCCAAGGAAUUGUCCAUGGUGACGUUCACCUAGGCAACAUUCUUCUCAAAGUGCCCCCCGAUUUUGACCGGCUCUCACUCGAACAAUUCUAUGAGAAAUAUGGAGCACCAGAGCGAGAUCCGGUUGUUCAUCUAGAUGGCAAACCGCUCCCUCCUGGUGUCCCAUCCCACGGCACCACUUUGGCGAAUCCUUUUCACCCUCAGAAAAACCGAAAAUACGAGACCCACACCCCCCUUGCCAGCCGUCCCCCGGAGGCUCGGUUCGAACCGGAUAAGCCUCUGUCUUUUUCAUCGGACAUCUGGAGUCUCGCCUGUACCAUAUGGUCUAUCAUCGCCCAACGGCCGUUGUUUGAGGGGUUCAUGGCCACGGAGGACUAUAUGACCUGUGAGCAAGUGGAUACUCUUGGUAUUUUACCAUCUGAAUGGUGGAGCAGGUGGGAGGCGCGACAGGAAAAAUUUACCGAGAAUGGUAAGCCAAUAAACCGUAAAUAUUUCCGAUCCUGGGACGAUCGGGUCAAGGAUAGCAUUGAAGGGCCUAGACGAGAUAGGAAGAUCCCGUCGUUUGAUGCAAGGGAAAGAGAUGCUAUCUUCAACCUGUUACGGCAGAUGCUCUCAUUCAGACCCGAGGAUCGUCCUACUACUAAGCAAAUCCUCGAGUCCGAAUGGAUGGUGAAAUGGGCUCUCCCUGAAUAUGGCAAGAUCGAAAAUAAUGUAUGA